AUGAAUACCAACCAACCAACCAAGCCGCUUAAUCGCGAUAAAGUACUCAAGCGCUUCCCCAAAGGAGCUGCCACUCCGUCCACCCCUCUGCCGCCUAAGGCAGGUACAACAGCACGCAAAAUAAUAAGGAAGUUAGACUCUGUUGUGGGCGAUAGGUACUCUAAUAAAGCAAGAGCUCUCCACUAUAAGGUACACCACCUCGCGAUUAAGAAUGAGCUGCUCAACAAUAACGUACAAGGCCUUACAGAGUUGCUUUUAAUUAAGAAGAAGCAGGAUAAGAAAAGCAAAGCGCUUACUUUAGAAGCCCACCACAGAGAGCAGAUUAUGAAGGAGACUGCGCAUGCAGAGAAGCUUGAAAAGGCUAAUGUUAAAGAGCUUAAAGCUGCUAAUAAGCUAUACAACAACAAGAUUAAAGAACAGAAGCGCGAGGCAGCUGCUGCGGCGAAGGAAGUGCGUGACCGCAAGUGCGCGGAGGAACGCGUAGCAAUUAAUGCUCGCAAAGCUCAAAGACUCAAGGAUAAACAAGCACGCGACGCUCAAAAAGCCAGCUAA